AUGGGCGCCGGCGCAAGCACCCCAACCUCUCCCCCUUCCAGCUCAGCCCCGGCUGCCACAUGCCCUGUUGACCAUAAAACCCGAGAAGCAUGGCUACAACAACAUAAAGGCGCCAAUGGGGGCGCACCGCAUCCGCUCCCCUCAGACGAAGAGAAAGCAGGAGCCAAACUGCAGCGGCCACUCUCCACAGACCGCGAAGUAAGCAGCAUACCGCGAGCCCUCGAUUCUGAAUCGAAAGACCCUUCCGAAUGUCCCGCCGUACCCUCUUCUCCAUACUCAUCAUCGCCCGCUGCAUCGCACGGCACCCCUUCCAACGCCGAAUCUGAAACUGGUCACGAUAAGUCAACAGGCAAUUGGAUAUAUCCAUCUGAGCGACAGUUCUUUGAAGCACUCAUGCGCAAGGGCAACACACCCGGCUCGGUGACUUCGGCCUCGGAGCUAGCGACCUCGGUAGCAUCAAUCAUACCUAUCCACAAUGCCGUGAAUGAACGCGCGUGGCAGCAGAUCCUGGAAUGGGAGAAGCAAGCGCCCAGCUCAGACCCUGGGAGCAAGAAGUGCGGCGGGCCGAAACUGUAUUCGUUCCGUGGCCUGGGCGCGGAGUCGGAGUUUCUCAGUCCUCGGGCACGUAUCAAUAGUCUAAUGGGCUACCAGCUUCCUUUUGAUCGACAUGAUUGGGUGGUCGAGCGAUGCGGCGGGGAGCGCAUCGAGUACGUGAUUGACUUUUACCAAGGCAAGUCAACGGGUGGAAAUAAUGGUAGCGGCCUCGCUGCCAAUUCUGGACCAGGAAAACUUAGCUUCUAUCUCGACGUGCGGCCGAAACUGAACUCUUUGGAAGGCUGCAUUAUGCGGUUUAGACGCUUCAGUGGUAUCUGA